AUUGACUCUAAUCAUGGGGAGUUUGCCUCAUUGUCGCGUAAGGCAACGUUGGAAUUGCAAGAAAAAGACAAGCCAAAUCUUGUAUAUAAGUGGUCAAGAUGCCUGCACAAUUCUGAAGGAAAAUCCAGUAUAGAUAUGGAUAGAAUGCCUUUUGGAUCAAUGCAAUAUUGCAUUGAAUUCUUCAGCUGCACUCAUGUUAGCCAAGUAAGUAAUCAAAAGGCUGUGCUUGCUACAUAAUAAUAUUGUAUAUUACUAUAAUACAGAUUCUUCUGACAAGUAUGUUUCAAGAGCGUGUUUAAGCCCCUCUCCUGCAUUAAUAGCCAAUUUUUUAACAUCUCACUUGACUCUGAAGAUGCAUUUGAAAAGUUUUUGAAAUCAUUAUGCCAGUUACUCUGUUAUUUAACAACAGGCCUAUUUUGGAUUGCACGUACCUGCUCAACCAAUAAUAAUGAUUUCAUUUGUCGGUUUUUUUUGCAAUCACUCAAUCACAUUAUUUUUAAUACAAGAUCAGACAAACACAGACACAAUAACAGCAUUAGUCUGCUAGAUUUCUUACUGCUGAUCCAUUUUUUGAAUAAUCGAUUUCAGAUCAGAGAAACACCCGACUACAAAAUUUGGCAGGACACCAUGGAAGCUGAGUUUGGUGGU